UCGCCCCCCACCUGGUUUCUCCUGGUCUCCGAGUCCGGGGCCCCGGCCCUCCCCCCACCGCCUGGCUACUGACCCAGGGACGCUGGGGAGGCGAAGGCUGCGGCGGGCGCCCCGGGCAAGGGGCUGGGAGCAUGUCCGGGCGGCGCUGAGAGCGGAGCCCCCCGUCCUUCCCGGGCUGUGACCGGCGGGUGACUUCUGCCUCCCCCCAAAUGACCCUGCGCUCUUUCGAGCCCUCGGAUGGCGCGGAGCGGGCCGGGACCGAGUGGCGGGGUCCCGGGGCUGAGGUGACCGAGCGGGCGGCGGCGGAGCGCCUGGCCGCGGCCAUGGAGGAGCUGAGGCGGGCAGGGUGGUACUGGGGCAAUAUGAAUGUUGCUGAAGCCAAAGAGAGAUUACAAGAUACUCCUGAAGGUACUUUCUUGGUUAGAGACAGCUCCCAUUCGGAGUAUCUACUGACUAUCUCGGUAAAAACGUCAGCUGGACCAACCAAUCUGCGUAUCGAGUAUCAAGACGGCAAAUUCAGACUGGACUCCAUCAUAUGUGUCCGAUCUCGGCUUAAACAAUUUGAUAGUGUGGUCCACCUGAUUGAAUACUACGUUCUUACAUGCAAGGAUAGAAAAACGGGGCCUGAAACUCCAUCAAAUGGAAUAGUGCAUCUUUAUUUGAACAAACCUCUCUAUACUUCAACUCCAUCUCUGCAACAUCAGUGUAGAAUAACUAUAAACAAAUGUACAGAUAAGAUCUUGGAACUGCCUUUACCAACAAGAUUAAAAGAGUACUUGAAAGAGUAUCAAUACCAGAUGGAUGCCAGAGACAAGCAGGUUCUGCGUUCCCUGCGGCUGAUGCUCUGCUCAGAGGUGCUGGUGGAGGGGCUCAUCAUUCAGUAUCUGUACCAGGAAGGCAUUCUAACAGAAAACCACAUUCAAGAAAUAAAGUCCCAAGCCACCAGUCACAGAAAAACCAUGAUGCUUCUAGAUAUCCUUCCUACCAGAGGACCCAAGGCCUUUCAGACUUUCUUAGAUUCCUUACAGGAGUUUCCAUGGGUGAGAGACAACUUGGAGAGAAAACGUAAGGAAAUGAUGGCAGAGGAUCCUGUAGAUGACAGGUUAACUGGAAUUCCACCAGACAUUUUGAAGAACCCCCCAACAGAUCAGCAGAUUAACAAACUUGCCAGGAGUCUGGGGCCUGAGUGGGAGCAUAUUGUACUGUACCUGGGUUUGUCACAGAAUGACAUCUAUAGAUGUAAAGUCAAUCACCCUCACAAUGUGCAGUCACAGAUUGUGGCUGCAUUUGUCCUUUGGAGACAGCGUUUUGGAAUCAAAGCCACAAUCCAAAGUCUGCACACCAGUCUGAUGGCCGGAGAAGUGGAUCCUUCUGUGAUCCAGCAUAUGCUUGAGUGAAGUCUUGUUAUUGAUUGGUGGCUCUUGAGUUUUUUGCUAAAUAAAAUACUCUGGAUUCACUGAA